GAAGUGAAGCUUUCUCUUCCGGGGCGAGCGUCUGGAUUCUCGCACGUGGUUGUGUUGCCCCGGCUCGAGCCGGCGCUGGCGGAGAAGUAGUUUGAGUUGUUUUACUGGAGCUGGUGAGCGGAGCCGGGACCAUGGAGGGCCAGAGCGUGGAGGAGCUGCUGGCUAAGGCGGAGCGGGACGAAGCCGACAAGUUGCAGCGCAUCACGGUGCACAAGGAACUGGAGCUGGAGUUCGACCUGGGUAACCUGCUGGCCUCGGACCGGAAUCCUCCCACGGGCCUGCGGCGCGGGGAACCACCCCCGGAGGCCGAACUGCGGGCCUUGGCGCGGGACAACACGCAGCUGCUCAUCAACCAGCUGUGGCAGUUGCCCACGGAGCGCGUAGAGGAGGCGCUGGUGGCGCGGUUGCCGGAGCCCACCACUCGCCUGCCGCGCGAGAAGCCAGUGCCCCGGCCGCGGCCGCUUACCCGCUGGCAGCAGUUCGCGCGCCUCAAGGGCAUCCGUCCCAAAAAGAAGACCAAUCUGGUGUGGGACGAGGUCAGCGGCCAGUGGCGACGCCGCUGGGGCUACCAGCGCGCCCGCGACGACACCAAGGAGUGGCUGAUCGAGGUGCCCGGGAGUGCCGACCCCUUGGAGGACCAGUUCGCCAAGCGGAUUCAGGCCAAGAAGGAACGGGUGGCCAAGAACGAGCUGAACCGGCUGCGUAACUUAGCCCGCGCGCACAAGUCGCGGCUCCCCAGCUCGGCCGGGAUGCACCCGACGGGACACCAGAGUAAGCAGGAGCUGGGCCGCGCCCUGCAAGUGGCCAGGGUCUCCACCGCUUCCGUGGGGCGCUUUCAGGAGCGCCUGCCCAAGGAGAAGGCCCCCCGGGGCUCCGGCAAGAAAAGGAAGUUUCAGCCUCUUUUCGGGGACUUUGCCGCGGAGAAAAAGAGCCAGUUGGAGAUGCUGCGACUCAUGAACAGCAAAAAGCCUCAGCUGGACGUGACCAGGGCCGCCAAUAAGCAGAUGAGGGAGGAAGACCAGGAGGAGGCGGCCAAGAGGAGAAAAAUGAGCCAAAAGGGCAAGAGAAAGGGGGGCCGGCAGGGUCCUGGGGGCAGGAGGAAAGGGGGGCCCCCGCCCAGCCAGGGAGGUAAGAGGAAAGGAGGCUUGGGAGGCAAGAUGAAUUCCGGGCCGCCCGGCUGGGGUGGCAAGAGGAAAGGAGGGCAACACCAAGGAGGAAAGAAGAGGAAGUAAAGUUGACCCUCUGACCCGAGUACCUGUAAACCAAGAACUCCUCUACAUGUUAAGGGGUAGUCCUGCAGGGGGUGCAGAAGAAGGUGGCCACCGCCUUCAUUGAGGUUGAAGGGAUAGGAUUGCCCUCCCCUCAAAAUACUAUGAAAAUGUUGGACUUUACAAAGUAAUGUUUUUCCAAUAACCAUGUCUUUGGCUGGAGAUGUAAAGGAUGUAUUUUUUUUUUUAUUAUUAUUAACUUUGGAUGUGGUAUGAGGGACAGUUCAUAUUUCAGAGACAAAUAGUAUGCCUUAAGCUUUAUUUUUGUAACAAGCUUGUGUAUUGAUCAAAGUAGCUGGGAGCACACAGAAAAAUUUCAGAACUGACCUUAAAAGUAAUUGUUGUGAAGUUAUUUAAUAAAAGUGUGUCUGUAUUUAAUGUUGCUUUUCACUGUUUGGCUAUCGUUAAAUAAAGCCAGUGACCUGGA